CUGGCGUUUUGUCGAACUUGCAGUCUCGGCCGCGGUCGCGGAGAACGUGGACCGGAGGCAGAAUUCCGCUCGGUUCCGUCCGCUGACAUCCGCGCGCCUGCGGUUUGCCUCUCCGAGCCGAGGACGACACGACGACGACGCGACGACGACGACGACCGCCGUCCGGCCUCGGAACGACGGCCGGACUCAUGUGAGCGUUUUUGGGACGAGGAUUUCCUCCGCCAUGAGGGGGCGCUGUUCACGCAAACUGGGCGUGCUGGCCAAGUUGUUCAUGCUGCUGUGGGUGCUGUGGCUGGGCUAUCUCCUCCUGGUCCUGUCCCCCUCGGCGUUCUGGUCGGGGGGCCGCGGGUCCUCCCGCGACGCGCCCGAGCCGGAGCCCCGGAAGCUCGACGUCGCCGAGCCGGCCGACGGGAAGGCGGCCUCGCCCGUCUACGCCAAGCCGCCGCCGGACGACGGCGCCCCGGGCGAGUGGGGCCGGCCGGCAAACCUGGACCUGAGUCCGGAGGAGAAGACGCGAGCGCAGGACAGCGUGGAGCGCUACGCCAUCAACAUCUUCGUCAGCGACAAGAUUUCCCUCCACAGGCACAUCAAGGACGGCAGGAUGCCCGCGUGCCGCAGCAAGCAGUUCGACUACCGCCGUUUGCCCACCACCUCGGUCAUCAUCACGUUCUACAACGAGGCCUGGUCUACGCUGCUCAGGACGGUCCACAGCGUCCUGGAGAGCACGCCGGCCGUCCUGCUCAAGGAGGUGAUCCUGGUCGACGACUACAGCGACAGAGGCUACCUGAAAACCCAGCUGGCAGAAUACCUCAGCAACCUGGACCGCGUCCGUCUCAUCCGCAGCACCAAGCGCGAGGGCCUGGUCCGCGCCCGCCUCAUCGGCGCCGGCUUCGCCACCGGCGACGUCCUCACCUUCCUGGACUGCCACUGCGAGUGCGUCCCCGGCUGGAUCGAGCCCCUGCUAGAGAGGAUCGGCCAGAACCCCAACACCAUCGUGUGUCCCGUCAUCGACACCAUCGACUGGAACACUUUUGAGUUUUACAUGCAGAUGGAGGAGCCCAUGAUCGGGGGCUUCGACUGGCGGCUCACCUUCCAGUGGCACGCCGUGCCCGAGCGGGAACGCCAGCGCCGCAAGUCGCCCAGCGAACCCCUCAGGUCCCCGACCAUGGCGGGCGGCUUGUUCGCCGUCAGCAAGGCCUACUUCGACCACCUGGGCACGUACGACACGGGCAUGGAGGUGUGGGGCGGGGAGAACCUGGAGCUCUCCUUUCGGGUGUGGCAGUGCGGCGGCAGCCUGGAGAUCCACCCGUGCUCCCACGUGGGCCACGUCUUCCCCAAGAAGGCGCCGUACGCGCGCCCCAACUUCCUGCAGAACACGGUCCGGGCGGCCGAGGUGUGGAUGGACGACUACAAGCAGCACUUCUACAAAAGGAACCCCCCGGCCCAAAAGGAGAACUACGGCGACAUCUCGGAGCGCUUGCGGCUCAGGGAGAGGCUGAAGUGCAACUCCUUCCACUGGUACCUGACCGACGUCUACCCGGACCUGCACGUGCCCGAGGACAGGGAGGGCUGGCACGGAGCUGUCCGCAGCUCGGGAAUCCGCUCGGAGUGUCUGGACUACAACGCGCCGGACCACAAUCCCACCGACUCGCACCUGUCGCUGUUCGGCUGCCACGGCCAGGGGGGCAACCAGUACUUUGAGUACACGUCCCGGAAGGAAAUCCGCUUCAACUCGGUCACGGAGCUGUGCGCCGAGGUGCCCGAGGGCCGGACGGCGGUGGGCGUGAGGCGUUGCCCCGGCGACCGCGAGCCCGCGCCGCCCGCCAUCUUGUGGGACUUCAGAGACGACAAAAGCAUCUACCACCCUCAGUCGGACAAGUGCGUGACGGCGUACCGCACUCCGGAGGGCCGACCCGACGUCCAGAUGAGGCCCUGCGACCCGCUCGAUCUCAACCAGCAGUGGAAGUUCGAGUGGUAGAGCGGCGUUCCACUACACUUAGUGACCUUGUCCUUUUUAAAAAAAAAAAAAAAAAAUGUAUUUCUCUCUCUCUGGGGGGAAAAAAAGACUAUCGAGGGAAAUUUAAGGAUUGGCCCCCGUUUAGGGCUUUUUUUUUUUUUUUUCAGCCAACGUGUGCUGCAGAAAGAUCGACUAUGCUGACUUUUAGCCGUCGCGUGGCAUUUAAGUGCCUCUGGAAAACUGUCUUUUCAAAAAAUUAAGGAGGAUAAUAAUUCUCGGUAAAUGCGAAAUGUGCACAGACUAACCCGCCUCAACCACUCCAAACCAGCAGGGGGCAGCAUUAGGCCACCUUUACUUCCUGUGUCAUGUGCAUUGACGAAUGUUUUUAAAAGCAAAAAUAACACGUGAAAUUUAAGAUAUUUUGAAAUAAAAAUAGUCAUAAUGUAUUUUCAAACGGAAAUAUAAUACUUUAACACGCUGUGAUAUUUUUUGACAACUCCUGAGAUGGUUUUCCAGCUAUGCGAAGUCCCCGCGAGGGCCAGCCUGGACAAACGUUGCGCAAAAGACACUUUUAUUGGAAAUAAGUGCAAUUUUUCCCGAUGAGAAGGUUCGGAAUUUUUUCUUUUUUUUUUUCCCAGGCGAAAAUCUCUUCGCCUUUGUGAAAGGAGAUUUUGUGCAUUUUAAAUGUGAGUAAAAGAAGGAGAACGACACUGCGGGAUGUGUUUAGUCGUCGCUGUUGGACUUUAAACUCGCCUCUGCUGGAUUUGUUUUUUUUUUUUUUCAUGAAGACUGACUGUACUUGAAGUAGAUGAAAGAAGAAAAAAAAAGGAGAAAAUGUCAAAUGUUUUUGUGUCUUUUGAAAUAUUGUCGGAUUUGAGGGGAAAAAAGUUGACGGAAGCACUCGUGAAACUACUGAUUCGAUGCAGGGAUCACGACAUUUGAAGAAAAAAUGAAUUAAAAACACGAAUGAUUGCAA